UGGGAGAUACAAAAAGCAACAUUCCAAUGUACCUGUACAUUUGCAAACUGGAAGUAAAGCAUCAUUUCAUUUCAAGUCCAUAAGACCCUAAAGGCUAGGUUACAGCAGAAGAGAUCAGACUCUCUUGUAUCCAGCUGUGUAUCCAUGAAGACUGACAGGUCAAUCGACCUUCCACUGAACUUGAAAAAAGCAGAUAUUCCUUUUUAUCAAAGGAUACAGCAGGAUAGACCAGACUCACCUAUACCCAGCUGUCUGUCUAUGAAGAGUGACAAGUCAAUUGACCUUCCACUGAACUUGAAGGAAGCAGAAAUUCCAUUUGACGAACGAGAAAAACAGAAGGGAUCUGAUUCAAUGGGUCUUAGGAUGCAGUUUGCAAACCGCAAUGAGGAAUUGUCAUCCAUAUUGCAGUUACUUGAGGAAAAUGCUGUGGAGUUCCUGAAAGACCAACUGAAACAGUACAAGAAAUAUCUGAGCGAAGAUUACCCAGCAUGCUGUGAGGCUCAGAUGGAGGAUGGCAGUGUGAUGGAUGGUGACAAUAAGAUUCAGAAGAGCUAUGGCAGUGAGGGAGCUCUGAAGAUCAUGCUGUACAUCCUGAGGGCCAUGAAGCAGACGGAUCUUGCUGACAGGCUGGAACACAAGGAAACAAUGGAUUCUCAACAUAAACUCAAACAAACACUGCAAAAGAGGUUUCAGUAUGUGUUUGAAGGACAAGCUAAGCAAGGAAAUGCGGUUCUGCUCAAUCAGAUUUACACAGAACUCUAUAUAACUGAGGGUGGAACCGGAGCUGUGAAUGACCAACAUGAGGUGACACAGAUUGAGACAUCAUGCAAGAGACCCACAGCACAGGAGACUGUAAUUAAGUGUAAUGACAUCUUUAAAACACAACUUGGACAAAAGACACAGAUCAGAACUGUGCUGACAAGAGGGGUGGCUGGUAUUGGAAAAACAGUCUCUGUGCAGAAAUUUAUUCUUGACUGGUCCCAAAGGAGAGAAAACCAGGAUAUUCAUUUUGUAUUUCCACUACCUUUCCGUGACCUGAAUUUAAUGAAAGAGAAAGAAUACAGUCUGAUUCAACUACUCCACCACUUCCUCCCAGAAAUCAAAGAGCUCGGACCUGCUCAACUUAGCAAUUGCAAAGUACUGUUCAUCUUUGAUGGCCUGGAUGAGUGUCGCAUUCCACUAAAUUUCCUAACCAAUGAGAGCUGGUUUGAUGUUGCAAAGCCGACCUCAUUAGAUGUGUUGUUAACAAACCUCAUUAAGGGAAAUCUGCUUCCCUCUGCUCUCCUCUGGAUCACUUCUCGACCAGCGGCGGUCAGUCAGAUCCCUCCUGAAUGUGCUAAUCGGCUAACAGAGAUACGAGGAUUCAAUAAUCCUCAGAAGGAGGAGUACUUCAGGAAGCGAUUCUGUGAUCAAGACCUGGCCAGCAGGAUUAUCUCACACGUGAGGUCAUCAAAAAGCCUGUACAUUAUGUGCUACAUACCAGUCUUCUGUUGGAUUUCAGCCACAGUUCUUGAGAAGCUGCUUGGUAAAACAGGCAGUGGCAAAAUCCCUAAAACACUUACUCAGAUGUACACGCAUUUUGUCAUCUUCCAUACAACUCUGAAGAAUCAGAAGUAUCUCAGAAAACAAACAGCAGAGCCUCUCUCAGAGUCCGUAAGAGCAGAUGAAGAAUUCCUUUUGAAACUGGGGAUGCUAGCUUUCCGAAACCUCAAAAAUGGAAAUCUUAUAUUCUAUGAGAAAGAUCUGAGAGAAUGUGGCAUUGAUAUGAGUGAAGCUUCUAUUUUCUCUGGGAUGUGCACAGAAAUGUUUAGAGAGGAGAUUGGAUUGUAUCAGCAAAAGGUGUACUGCUUUGUACAUUUGAGUAUUCAGGAGUACCUUGCUGCUUUGUAUGUGUUUUUAACAAAUGUAGACCAGACCUUUAUUUUUGCUAAGUUUUCUUUUCGGCAAAGAGAAAGCACCAUGUCUCGUAUACUAAAGGAUGCAGUGGAUGAGUCUUUACAGAGUAAGACUGGCCACUUAGAUCUCUAUCUCCGCUUCUUGCUUGGCCUGUCAAUGGACUCCUGUCAGACUCUUUUGCAAGGUAUUCUGUCAGAAAUUAGAUUCCAAAAAAUCAACACAAAGGAAACAGCCAACUACAUCAAGGAGAAGAUUAGAGAGGAUCUGCCUUCAGAAAGAGCAAUCAAUCUGUUUCACUGUCUUAAUGAACUAAAUGACAACACUCUAGUAGAGGAAGUCCAGAGUUACCUGAGCUCAGGUAGCCUUUCAGCAGAAAAGCUCUCACCUGCCCAGUGGUCCGCUCUGACCUUUGUGCUGCUGACCUCAGACGGGCAGCUGGAUGUGUUUGACCUGAAAAGAUACAUCGGGUCAGACGAUGGUCUUCUGAGGCUGCUGCCUGUGGUCAAGGCGUCCCGAACAGCACUGUUGAACAGCUGUAACCUGACUGAGAGAAGCUGUGAAGUGUUGUUUUUAGCUGUCAGCUCAAACUCAUGUGCUCUGAGAGAGCUGGAUCUGAGUGAAAAUCCCCUGAAGGACUCAGGAGUUAACCUACUGUCUGUUGGAAUGAAGAAUCAUCAAUGCAAAAUCAAAUCAUUCAGGUUGUCAGCUUGUGGAAUCACAGAUACAGGCUGUGUGUCUCUGGCUUCAGCUCUGAGGUCAAACCCCUCACACCUGAGAGAGCUGGAUCUGAGUGACAAUAACAUAGGAGACUCAGGAGUGAAGCUGCUCUCUGCUGUACUGAAGGAUCCUAAAUGUCAGCUGGAGAAACUCAGUUUGUCACACUGUAGAAUCACAGAUACAGGCUGUGUGUCUCUGGCUUCAGCUCUGAAGUCAAACCCCUCACACCUGAGAGAGCUGGAUCUGAGCUACAAUCACACAGGAGUCUCAGGAGUGACGCUGCUCUCUGCUGUACUGGAGGAUCCAAAAUGUCAGCUGGAGAAACUCAGGUUCUCAGCUUGUGGAAUCACACAUACAGGCUGUGUGUCUCUGGCUUCAGCUCUGAGGUCAAACCCCUCACACCUCAGAGAGCUGGAUCUGAGCUACAAUCACACAGGAGACUCAGGAGUGAAGCUGCUCUCUGCUGUACUGGAGGAUCCUAAAUGUCAGCUGGAGAAACUCAGUUUGUCACACUGUGGAAUCACAGAUACAGGCUGUGUGUGUCUGGCUUCAGCUCUGAAGUCAAACCCCUCACACCUGAGAGAGCUGGAUCUGAGCUACAAUCACCCAGGAGACUCAGGAGUGAAGCUGCUCUCUGCUGUACUGGAGGAUCCUAAAUGUCAACUGGAGAAACUCAGGAUGUUAGGCUGUAGAGUCACAGAUACAGGCUGUGCGUCUCUGGCUUCAGCUAUUAGGUCAAACCCCUCGCACCUGAGAGAGCUGGAUCUGAGCUACAAUCACACAGGAGACUCAGGAAUUAAACAGCGCUAUGAAAUACACAAGGAUACUACAAGUCACCUGAAGACACUCAAGUUAUCGGACAAACUGGCAGAAGCAGCCUAUGCUUAUCUGAUUUCAGCUCAGAUGUCUCAUGCCUGAGAAAGCUGGAUUUUUGCAAAGAGAAACCAUAGAGUGUCAGUGAUGAAGAUGUUCUCUAAAUAUCACCUGGAAAAUAAGGGGGUUUAAUCAGAUUAGGGUAAUAUGGUGCAUAUGUGAAUAUGAUGGAUGAACAGAUGUUUAAGAAAUAGGUUCAGGAUGUCAGGUAGCAAAAGCAGGUGUUUGCAGUCACAACAUAGCCUUGUUAGGCAGCAGUUGAUGGUUAGCCCAUCAAAUUGCUCUUUACGGUCUCUUAAUUCAUUUAAUUUUUUCCACAUCCUGGAGUGAUUCUGUAAACUUUGUGAUUUACCUGGUGUGGGGCCUGUCCGUCUGUAUCAUCUCUAUGCUGGUCAUAAUAAUGAUCAUAUCUGAUCAACUGCAAUUGCUCAAAACAGUUUUUCAGAUCUUUCACUGUCACAACAUCACUGUCCCUGAUGGGUCACAUCCCCAAAACACCCAUCAUGUUAAAAUUCUAUCACCUCAUCUGGAGAUGUUAGACAGUUUCUAGAUUUCUUAUGCAGUCAUGGAUUAUUCUAGAUGUAUGAUUAGUAAAUGCAAACAUUUACCAGAAAGUGCAGACUCCAGAACAGAGAAUAAGGGGUAGUGACCUUGUACAGUCUUUUUUUUUCCUUUUUCUUUUUAUUGUACAGUCUUAUGUAGACAGCAGAUGCACUUUCAUGUCAUGAUGAUAAUGCUGAAAACACAAUUAUGCUUUUCCUGUAAAUUUUAAUAAAAUAAGCUUUUUUUUAACUUAUGCACUCUGUCUAAUUUUGUUUUUUUGUCAGUGGACUCACUCUGACUGAAUGCAGGGAACAUGUUUAGGCUGAUUUGUGGGCUUGAAGAGGAGUGAAAUUAGAAUGGGGGGGAGCCCUGUCUGCUACAUUUGGCGUUAUGUUGUAUUACCAUUUUAAAGAAAUACAAAAACUAAAAAAAUAAUAGUACAAAACGCUGCACUUCAAGGACACACACAAAAUAUACCUUAAAACAGCAUGGAACGAAGCGAAAGGGCUAUUAAGCCAGACGGAGCACCUUAACCAAAGGUGCCAACACAGAAUCGCUGUUUUAAACAAGUGCAUGAAGAGCUACAUUCUUUAUAAAAAUUUAUACCUCAGAUACCAUAUUAAAAGAGAUAUCUCCCAAAAAGAUGCAUCGGGCAAAAUGAUCAAGCAUGAUAAAACGACAUGAAUGAGCUUAAUACGCGGACACACUCACGCCACCGCAGCAGCAGACAGGGAUGCGAAUGAGAACAAUGAAGUUACAAUGAUAACGAUGCUUAAAAUAAACGCUCCGCAGAAGAAUUUAAAUAUACUGAACACAGCCAGCAAA